AUGUUCUUCGCUAAACACCUAACAAUUGUUGCAAUUUUCGUCUGCCUGGCCGUUGCAACUCCUUUAAAUCAAAGUGAGGAAUCUGUGCAAAAGGAUUUGAAGGUCACCCCGGCAAAUUCGUUGGAGAUUCCAGUUCUGAAGGAAUUGAAAUCGGUUCAAACAACAAAAUCUGGCGACACUUUAUAUAGCUAUGUUUGCAAUGUGGGCCAAAAUCUAUCUAGCAAACUUGGAUGUAUUGGCUCCGAUUCAUAUGCCUGGGCCAGUCCCCAAAAUGUGGAUUUGAACGUUUGGUGUGACAAGAGUAACGUUGGCGCACGCAUCAGCAAUGCCGAGGUGCAUUUUGUUGUUUCGACACAAAACGUUGCCUGUGUCGUUUCCGGUGGCGGUCUUGGCUCCAGUUUCCUUGAAGUGAAAGUUAGUGCCUAUGGAACAACUUCGCUGCAAUACAAGUCCUAUUUUUAUGUCUAUUAA